AUGUCUUCAGCGGAAGCGCCGCCCGCAAAAGAGACGCCUGUGCAGGACAAGCAGACAGAGGCAACGCCUGCACAGGAUGAGUCGCUGGCGCAAACUCAGGUAGACGGCAGUGGACCACCAGGCAACGGCUCGACUUUGGCAGAGGCCGAGUACAAGGUCGAGGUCAAGCUGGCAGACUUGCAGGCUGACCCCAACAACCCCCUCUUCUCUGCCAAAUCGUUCGAAGAGCUCCAGCUCUCCGAGGAACUGCUCAAGGGCAUCCGCCAUAUGAACUUCCGCAAGCCCUCCAAGAUCCAGGAGAGAGCCCUACCGCUUCUUCUCAUGCAACCGCCUACCAACAUGAUUGCGCAGUCACAGUCGGGCACAGGCAAGACGGCGGCCUUCUCGCUCAACAUCCUCUCUCGCAUCGACCUGUCCAACCCCGAACCUCAGGCGCUGGCACUCGCACCUAGCCGAGAGCUUGCGCGACAAAUCUUGGGUGUCAUUACGCAUAUGGGCCAGUUCAUGGACGGCUUGAAGACCAUGGCAGCUAUCCCCGACCCAUCUAGGCGCGGUCAGCAGUUCAAUGCCCAGAUUCUGGUCGGUACGCCAGGUACAGCCCAGGACAUGCUCAAGCGCCGCUUGAUCAACCCAAAGCACAUCAAAAUUCUCGUUCUCGACGAAGCCGACAACAUGCUGGACCAACAGGGUAUGGGCGAGCAGUGCACGCGUGUCAAGUCACUACUCAACAAGGACAUUCAGACCGUUCUCUUCUCAGCUACAUUUCCUCCCAACGUCAUUUCAUAUGCCAACCGCUUUGCACCUAAUGCUAACGUCAUUACGCUGGCGCACGACGAGUUGACUAUUGAGGGUAUCAAGCAACUCUACAUCGACAUUGACCAGGACAACGACAAGUACGCCACGCUACUCAAGUUCUACGGUCUCAUGACACAAGCGUCAUCCAUCAUUUUCGUCAGGACACGGAGGACCGCUGAGGAACUCGAGACUCGCAUGGUCGCAGAAGGCCACAAGGUUGCACAACUCAGUGGAGCUAUGGAGGGCCCUGAACGUGAUCGCAUCAUUGAUCAAUUCCGAUCUGGAGAAGCAAAGGUCCUCAUCACAACAAACGUCCUUGCCCGUGGUAUCGAUGUGCAGUCGGUCACCAUGGUCAUCAAUUAUGACGUCCCGACCAUGGCUGAUGGCCGCCAAGCAGACCCCGAGACCUACCUGCACCGCAUCGGUCGGACCGGUCGAUUCGGACGUGUCGGCGUAGCCCUUACCUUCGUGCACGACAAGCAGAGCUGGCAACAACUUCACGACAUUGCAAACUAUUUCAAGACAGAUCUUUACCCCAUUGACACGAGCGACUGGGAUGCGGUCGAGGAGAUGAUCCAGAACAUCAUCAAGAGCUCGAGAGCGGGCAAGAGCACACAGGAGAUGACGGAGAUGAUUACAGGAAGCACGUGA